UAUCCUUUCCUUCUUUCCUUGAGUCUCCGUGAAGUAAAAAAAAAAGAAAAAAGGAAGGAGUAGAGGAAACUGCUUCCCCUGCUCUGGUUUGAUACAGUCGCCACAGUUUCCACGUGAGCUUCCGAUGCGAUCUCCUUUCGCUUAGCCGCAAUUGACUGAGAAGCUCUCUCGGUUUGUUGUUCCGGCUAUGGAUUCUGCUCGGAGUUGGUUUCAGAAGUUUCAGCCGAGAGCGAAGAAGAAGGGCACGGAAAAUGCUAGAGAUGAAAGGCCGGCGGGUUCUUUGGACGACGAGGCGCCGUCGGAUGCGACCAAGCAGAAGGUUGAGGCGGCGAAGCAGUAUAUCGAGAAUCACUACAAGGCGCAAAUGAAGUGCUUGCAGGAUAGGAAGGAGAGGCGGUGGAUGCUGGAGAGGCGGCUGGCGGAUGCCGAAGUUUCGCAGGAGGAUCAGAUGAAUGUGCUGAAGUAUUUGGAGCAGAAGGAGACGGAGUAUAUGCAUCUUCAGAGGCAUAAAAUGGGGGUUGAUGACUUUCAGCUUUUGACGAUUAUAGGAAGGGGUGCAUUUGGAGAGGUGAGAAUUUGCAGGGAGAAGUCUACUGGCCAGGUGUAUGCCAUGAAAAAGCUCAAGAAAUCGGAGAUGCUCCGAAGAGGCCAGGUGGAGCAUGUUAAAGCGGAAAGAAAUCUUCUUGCUGAGGUUGAUAGUGCUUACAUUGUCAAGCUCUAUUGCUCCUUUCAAGAUGAUGAAUUUUUGUAUCUUAUAAUGGAAUAUCUUCCGGGAGGUGACAUGAUGACAUUACUAAUGCGCAAAGAUAUCUUGACUGAAGAUGAAGCAAGGUUUUAUGUAGGAGAGACUGUCCUUGCCAUUGAGUCUAUUCACAAGCACAACUACAUUCACAGGGAUAUUAAGCCUGAUAAUUUACUGCUCGACCGCUAUGGCCACAUGAAGCUUUCAGAUUUUGGGUUGUGUAAGCCUUUAGGCACUAAUAGCUUUCCGGAUCUUAGUGAGAAUGACUCAGCAGUCGGAAGGAAUUUAAAAUCCCCUUCGCAGAGUAACCAACAUUCUAACCAGCAUUCUAACCCUCCUACACCAAAAAGAACCCAGCAGGAACAGUUAUUGCACUGGCAAAAGAACAGACGAAUGUUGGCUUAUUCAACGGUUGGGACUCCAGACUACAUUGCUCCAGAAGUACUGCUGAAGAAAGGAUAUGGAAUGGAAUGCGACUGGUGGUCUCUUGGUGCAAUCAUGUACGAGAUGCUUGUGGGCUUUCCACCUUUCUAUUCCGAAGAACCCAUGUCCACAUGUAGAAAGAUUGUAAACUGGAAAACUCAUCUGAAAUUCCCAGAGGAAGCAAAACUCUCUGCCGAGGCUAAAGAUCUCAUUUGCAAGCUCCUCUGCAAUGUUGAGCAAAGGCUUGGGACGAAAGGAGCUUGUGAAAUAAAAGCACACCCAUGGUUUAAAGGGUUACAAUGGGAUAGAUUAUAUCAGAUGGAAGCUGCCUUUCUACCAGAGGUUAACAACGAGUUGGAUACUCAAAAUUUUGAGAAGUUUGAAGAGUUGGGGCCUCAGGUAGAAACUCCAUCAAAAUCCGGUCCAUGGAGAAAGAUGCUUUCGUCCAUGGAUACAAAUUUUGUUGGUUAUACAUACAAGAAUUAUGAAAUUGUCAAUGAGCAUCAUAUGCCUGGCAUUGCUGAGUUGAAGAAAAAGACUAAUAAGCCAAAGAGACCUUCUGUUAAGGCCUUAUUCGACACACCUGAUCCUCCAGACCCCCCAACACAUGGAACUUCUCUCAACCAAAUGUCCACUCUGCCUACUGUCUCGGAAGGCUCUGAGCCAUCUAGGCAAUCUACUAGACCCCCACAAUAUCCACACAAACCUCCAAGAAGAUAGCAAGCAAAGUUAAGUUUACAAGUUGUUAUCCAGCUGAAGGAAAUUUAAAGAGAAGUUCACAAAACGGUGAAGGGAAAGAUAGGAAAUUGGUAUCUAAAUACUGUAAGUCUUAGUUUUAAAUGCGUUCAUUUGUAAUCCUCUAGUGUAUUACAGUAGUGAUGUUCAUUCACCAUAUAAUCACCUAGAUUAGUCAAAAAGAGGCCGAGCUUCAUAUUUUAGGGUCUGAUCAAUGAUUUAGAUGAUUUAUUCAUAGGUUCGUAGGUGAUAUAGUAAAUUCCAUCAAAAUUCUUGUCAACUUCCAAACUUGUAGUGAGCUUUGCCUCGAUGUUCUGUUCAUAUAGAGAUUUAGUGAUGAAGUGAGUGAAGUGCUACGUACUUUUUUCUCCCUACCGAAGGAGGCAUGUAAAUUCUUUUAAUUAUUUCAUUAUAAUUGUUAUUAUAAGCUGUGUGCAAACAGGAGCAUUUCAUGUAUGGAGGCUACGAUCAUAUAUGGCUUGUAGAGCCACUUCUUUUCACUUGUUGUAAAGAGUUUUCAUCAUUGGAGAUGAGUUGUGGAAAUCCAUGUUUAGGAUCCAAAUGUAGAAUUUGAAAAA